AUGAGUUUCCCCGGCGCGACACCCGGCUUGGGGGGUUUGGGAAAUAAUCAAACAGCCGGGAUGACCGAGCAAGAGCAGGCUAUGGUCAAGAUGAUGCAAGCCGGCAUGGAGUCGUGUCCUGUCAAGACUGUCAUCGCCGGUACAAUGGGUUUUGCACUUGGUGGUGCCUUUGGUCUCUUCAUGGCCAGUAUGUCAUACGACUCGCCUUUGACGCCUCAGGGCCGCGAAAUCGCCCACCUUCCCUGGCGCGAUCAAGUCCGCCGCGGCUUCAAAGACAUGGGUAGCCGCUCCUUCUCCUCCGCCAAAAACUUCGGUAUUGUUGGCGCACUGUACUCAGGCACCGAAUGCUGCAUUGAGGGUCUCCGGGCCAAGAAUGACUUGACAAACAGUGUUGCUGCCGGAUGUUUGACUGGUGGUAUCUUGGGUGCGAAGGCUGGUCCUCAGGCGGCGGCCUUUGGAUGUGCGGGUUUCGCGGCCUUCAGUGCUGCGAUCGACGCUUACAUGCGUAUGCCUUCGGAGGACUGA